ACAUGACCACCUUAAAUUAGCCUUUCUUUACUAGAACGCGUAAAAACUUCCACCAACUUCCGAAACUACUUUUCUUCUCUUCCAAAUUCAUGCGUGAGCGCCAUGGACGACAUUUUCAAAACAACUUUAAUCCUUCUUUUUCUCUGCUUCCUCCUUCUUUCUCAUCAAACCCCCUUUGCCGCAGGUGAUGGCCGAGGAGGAGCAACAGACACUUCCAUACUACAAGAAGAGAAACCAUCUCUAGCCAAGAUGGUAACAGAUUCAAUUUCUACUUUGAAAAACUCCCACGAAAAUUCCUGGGGAAAAAUUAAGACAGUCUUUCAUGCCAUGCAGUUAAAGUUUUUUCCUCCAGAUUUAGAUUUCAGAGGGGCCAAUGAAGCAGAUGCCGAAGGUGGGGCCGGAGAGAAAGUGAAAGAAGCAGCUAAGAAGAGUGCAAGCAAGAGCAAAAUUGCAGUGGAAGAAUCAGCAAAAUCUGCUGCAGAAGCAGUGCAACAGACAGCUGAGAUCGUGAAAGAGAAGCUUCAUGAUGAACUUUAAUUAUCUGGGUCAUUACCAUGCCAGAACCCCAGCGGUUUGGCAUGAAAAAACAUCAUUGUAUCGGUUAAAAAAAAUUCUCUGAAUAAACUAUCGAUAUUUUCAGUCAAA